AUGAAAAUUAUUGUUUCAAUCAUCUUAUCUAUUCUUCAAAGAAAAUAUAUAACUUUAAAUCAUAACAAACUUUGUAUCUUCUAUAACAUCAGAAGAAUGGACAAACUAUUCAACAAACAGGGAGAAUCUCUUGGUUCUUCUCCAUCUCUUGUUAAUGUGUCGUCUGAUAAUCCAGAUGCUUAAAAGAAUGCUGCAGAGCGAAACGAUAAGCUUGCCAAUAAGUUGCUUAACAAUCUUGGAAGGCUUUAGGAUAUGAGCUCAGUCAUCUAGAAGAGAAUGCAGGACCACGAUGAUGAAAUCCAGAUCAAAUAAAAGAAGGAGCAGUAGUUAAAGGCACAAUAAAAUCUUACUCUAGAAUAAAAACUUAAUCAAAUGAUGAGUGAGAAAGAGCACUUGAAAAAUCAAGUUGACAAUCGUCAGAAUGCAUUGAAGGAGAAGGAAGAUAAUCACGAGAAGACGAAAUAAGAUUUAGACAAACUUGCCAUAGAAAGAUCUAAAGCCAUUUAAGAUAUUGAUGAUCAAAGAAAGCUGCAACUAGCUGAGAAAGAUAAAACCAUUAAGGAUCUAUAAGACCAAACUGCUAAGCUCAAGGAGGAGCUCAAAGAUCUUAGAGCUAAAAGAAAGGUUCUUGAUGAUACUCUGCUAGAGUUGCAAGAAAUGUUGCUGAAAAAGAAGGUUGACUUAAAGGAAAUCUCAUCCAAAGCUGCUGACAAAGAUAAGUUAAAGGCUGAUAAGAAAGCUGAGCUAGAUAAGCUUUAAAAAGAAAAUGAUGACUUAUAGAAGUUCCUUGAUGAUCUCAAAGAUUAGAUCAAGAAGCAGCAAGAACUGAGUGAUCAACUAAAGAAAAAGCUUGAUGAACUUAUGGCUGAGAAAGAUAAGCUCAAGGAGUAAGCUUAUCUCUUACCACACGAUUUGGAGCAAGUUAAGGAAAAAUUAGAGAAUCUUAAAAAAGAGAUUGAAAAGCUUAAGCAAGAGGCAGAGGACUUAGCUAAGGCUAUCGAGUAGAAGAAAGCUUUCCUUGAGAAUGAGAAUAAGCAAAACGCUGAUUUGCAAAAUGACAAAUAGCACUAGAUUCUUACUCAUCAAAUUGAAAAAGAGGGAAGAGAACAGAUGAUGAAAUUGCAAGAUCUUGACUAGAGACUUAAGAAACUUUAAAUGAAUUGCUAAGAGAGUCAUAGAGUGCUUCAACAAUUAGUUGAAGAAGGAGGAAUGAAAAACCUAGAACUUGAUAAAAACUUUGAGUCAAUCCUUGGUGAAAUUUAAACUGCUCUUGGUAAGAGAAAUGAAAUCAAGAAUGAGAUCACUGUUAUCGAUCAAAAACUCUUGCAAAAGAAUGACUUGCCAAACGAUGUUUUGACUGCUUACUUUGAGAAAAUAAAGGCUAUUGAUGGGAAAGUUGUGAGUUUAACAAAAGAGACUGAGGGUCUUGAGCAAAAUUAUGGAAAGAGACAGGAGGAAUACUCCACAUUUGUCAAAUAAGUACAGGAUACUUACAACAAGAAGAUUACUGAUCAAUCAGCUGAGAAUUUAGGCUUGAUCGGGAAAAUUAACACUCUGUAAAAAGAUCUCGGAGACAAAGUGGCUGCUUGCGACAAGAGAUUAGAUGCAGUAGAACUCCUUGACGAGAACCAAGUUGAUCCCAUGGUUAACAUCAAGGUCAAAAUCUCCCAGUUCCUAGCUAAAUCAAAGCAAGUUACUAAUGCAGUAAAGAAUGAGGACUUUAAACUUGACAGAUUCAAGAAAUCGCAACCAAAGCUCAAUGCAAAUUACAUUCCUAAUUAUGUUCAUCUUGCUUAAGAACUAGAGAAGCAAAGAGACAGACUAAAAUAGACUCUUGAGAACGACCUAGGUGAUUUAAUGAAGAAACUCUUAGAAGAAAUUGAGAAUGCAUUGAAAGAUCUUGAGAAACUCGCAGAAGAUAACAAAAAGAAUGGCGCUAAAAACAAGCUGAAUGCCCUUAAAGGACUUGGUGAUGAAGUUGACAAGAAAAUUGAUGAGAUCUAAAAGAGAAUGGAUGAUAUUAAUAAGGAAAUUGCAAAACUUGAUCCCAAUGAAUAUGGGCAACUAAAAGAUCAACUGCAAAAGGAGCUUGAUUAGCUUUAGAAGGAAUUAGAUGAUUGUAAGGAUAAAAACAAGAAGCUUAAGGCUGAGGUUGAUAAACUUUCAAAGCUUCCAGAAGAAGAGCUGUAAAAGGCCACAAAUCUUGACACACUUAAAGACGGAUUUGACUCAAUUCUCAAUCAUGAGCUCCCACCAAUUGAGAAAGGACUUGACGAUCUUGAGAAAAAAAUGAAGAAUGCAGUAAAUAAGAAGAAGAAUGGAGUUAAGUAAGAUUGCUUGGACAGUAUCAACAAUAAUAAGAUUAAGGUAAAGCAACUUGAUGACAUCCUUGAUAAGAUUGAAAAAGAGAUUGCUAGAAUAGAUGAUGAGACAGAGACUUUAGAAAGAGCUUACAGGUACAAGGAUCUAGAGAGAGAUCACGAUCUUGAAAAUAAAAUCAAAGACGACCUUAAGGAUUAAAAAGCAGUUCUAGGAGAGAUGAAAGCAGCCAGAGAUGAUCUUAAGAAGAAAAUAGCUGAUUUGGAAGCUGCUAUUGAUUAAGAUUCAAAUUCUUCAGUUCCUUAAGAGGAGUAACUCAAGAAUUGGGGUAAGCAUCUCGAGGAGUCAAAUAAUUUGGAAAAGGAAAUAGACGCACAGUUAGAUAAAGCAAAGGAGUAAUAGACUAAGCUUGAUACAACUGGCAGCAAUUUAAAUGAACUUGACGAUAAAUUCAAAUAAAAAGAUAAGAUUUACAAAAAAGCUAACGAACUUAAAAAGCAAAAGUUGGCCAAAUUAGAAUCGAUAAAGAGAACAUCUAAUGGAAUUGAUAAGAAACUUAAUAACGUAGAUGAUACUCUUAACAACAUUAACAUUCCCAAUGAUGGCAGUGAUUUAGCUGUGCAAUUCUAGGAUAAAAAGGAUAAACUUGAUGAACUUAAAAACAAACUCAAAGGUAUUAAUGAUAGAAUCGGUCAAGUUGAAAACAAAAUAAAUGACAUUUGCAAGCCACUUGGUGAGAUGUAAGAAAGAGAAGUACUUUCCCCUGAAAUUCAAAAAGUCAUUGAAGAACUAAACAAGUUGGAUGCAUUACUAUAAGAGCUAUAAGACGAUCUCAAGGAACUUCAAGAAGACCUUGAUGCUCUCUUAAAUGACAUAAAUAAAUUCCUUGAUAAAACAAAGAAUCUUUAAUUGGAUGAAGCCGAAAAAGCAUGGAACAUUCAAAAUCAGAAACUAACUGAUACAGAGAAAAAGUAGGCUGAGGCUGAUAAUAAACUUUAAAAAUACGCCUAAAAACUUAAAGAAGGAAUGAGAUAAUUCUCUGAUGACGAUGAAAUCCUCAAGGAAAUCAAAAAGCUUAAGGGUGAAUCAGAUGGAAUCGAUGGAGAGCUUAAGAAAAUUGACUUGCAAAGAUCAACACUAGGAGGUAAACAUAAACAAGCCAAAGAUCUCUUAGAUAAGUACAAGGCCAACAAGAAAAACCCCCCUACCAAUGAAGAAAUUGCUGCAUUGGUAGACAAAUUUAAGCAAAUGGGAAGAGAAUCAGAUAAGAUUUACGAUGAUCUCCAAAAAAUUAUUGACGAUCUAGACAAGAAAUUGGACUACCUUGAAAAAUUCUUAAAGAGAGGUGGAGAGUUGCAAGAUUUGUUUAAGCAAUAUCAAAAGUUGGGGAACGACCUUAACAAAGGAUUCAGAAAUUUCUCUAAAAAUCUAGAUGAUGCUUUAACACUAGCAAGUUUACUAAAGGAGGUAUUAUUCUAAAUGGAGCAAGGUCUUGAGAGAGACUACUUAGGAAAAGGUGAUUUCAUCCAGCAAAGGUAAUAAGGAGUAGCUGAUUUGGAUGAUAUCUUAGCUUAACUAAAUACCAAUAGAGAUAUUAUGAAUGACGCUAUGGAAGAUUUGAAGAGUAACAAAAUUGAUAAUAUUGUUAAAGCUGACCUUAAUACCCUUAACGAAUAAAUACCCAGGUUAGAAGAACUUUUAGGCAAUCUUAAGGAGUAUGAAUAAGAGCUAAAGGAGGUCAAUGACUCACUUAAUAAAAUUAGAGCAGACAUUCACAUUGCUGAUUGCCCAAAGAAUAUUAAAGGCAGAGAAACUGACCUAGAAAAAUUCGCCAAAAAACUUAAAUAAUAUGAAUCAGACCUUAAUGAUAUUAAGAGACUAACUAUUUAGAACCCAAUCUAUAAUACUACUGAAGAUGUUAAGUUGAUUGAGAAAAAUAUCUAGAUUUUCACUGAAGAUAAGGUUAAGUUCCAAAGAAUCUUGAAAUAAGAACUCUAACCUUACGAAGCAGCCCCUCAGAAGCUUGAGCCACUUGAGGUGCUUAAAGAAGUGAUCGAGAAGAUUAGAGAAUUAGGAGACAAGAUCGCCAAAGCCAUUGAUUUCAUGAAUCAAGCACUAGCUGACAUUAAUAAACUUAGAAAGCAGAUAGGAGGACAGGACUCUCAAAACAGAUGGAAGGGUCUUGAGUUGAAGGAAGAAGAUUUAAGAAACAGAUUGAAUGAUGUCAAAAAGAGAUUCAGGUUAAUUUACAAAGGAGGAGAUGACUGUGAUGGAUACACCUCCAACCCAGAAGAAACAACCUUUGUGGAAUCAUUGCUUAAUGACAGACCAGAGGUAACAGAUAAGCAGAUGCAAAUUCUUGAAGCUAUUGAUGAUGUCUAAGCUCAAAUUUUCGAGAUCAGAAAAUAGAUUGAUGAUUUUGAAGAUGAAGAUUUCGCUAAAUAGAAUGAGGAGAUUAAUGGUCAACUUAGCGGAAUUGAAGACAAAGUCCUAAACACUGAGCAAGACCUCAUAUUCCUAGAAAAAUUGGCUGAUUAAUUGGAAGAAAAGUUCCUUGCAAUGCAUGCACAAAAGAAGCUAGACAAGAGACAGACUGAAAUUAAUGAAGUAGCCUAAGUUACUCAGCAUUUCUAGGAGAGACUUAAGGCAACUUCAGACGCCAUAAACCAAGAUCUCAAAAUAAUCAAUCAGCAAUAAAAGAGUCUUGAAAAGAUGGGAAUCGACCCAGCUGAAGAUAAAAAUAAGGAAGACUUGGUUAACUUGAAGGAAGAAUUGAAUGACUAUCUUAAAAAUAUUGAUGAAAUAUUCGGGGAGAUUGAUAAUCUAGACAGAAAGAGACAAGAAGCCUAGAAAUUCUUUGAUGAGAAGAUUGUUAAGGAAUCCCCCUACAAAAAGAAAGCCAUCAAGAAGGAAGAGCACUUCCAUCUCCUAGAUCUUAACUCCUAGAUUAAGAGAAAGAUUUUGGAUUUGAUUAAGCUGUUGAAAUCUAUUCAAAAUGACAUCAGAGACAUCAAAAGAAAGUAUUAGCAGUUGAGAGCUAACUUUGCUAACCUACUUUCUAGAAAGAUGUACAGUUCAAUGAAGGGAGAUCUCAUUGAUGAGCAAGUUGGUGAAUAUAUUAACAAGCUUAACUUCGAUGUUCCAAUUAAGAAAACUGGAAACAAUCAAUAUACUAUUGGUAACAGAAAAAUUAUUGCUUCAUUGAUUAAUGAGAAACUUAUGGUUAGAGUUGGAGGAGGUUACGUCGGCAUGGACGAGUUUAUGAUGGUUUAUGGUUCUGCUGAACUUCUCAGAAUCCAGAGAGAAGAAAUGACUAAGUUCAACUAAGACUUCGACUUCAUUAAGAGUGAAUUGAUGGCUCAGUAUUUCAUCAAUGAUCUUGGAGAGGACAGCAUUGAUCAAGAUCCUUCUUAAAUGGAGAUAAGCUAGUUGAAGUCCAAGAUGAAGCAAGAUUACCAAAACAGGAAAGGAAAACUUUACAGAAACCAUGAAAUUGGAGAGAGACCAAGCUCUGAGGGAAGAAAACCCGUUGUAGGUAUCUUAGAUGCUAGAAACGCCUUGAAAAAGAAUAUUCAAACAAUCGUUACCAAUGAAACAGGAUCUACUAUCUCUUAAAGGGUUGGAUAAUCAAGGGUGAGUAUGAAUGCCGGUACCACAAGAAACACUCCACAUGGAAAGUACAUUGACAAAGCUUUGUUGAGCCAGAAAGGAGCCAACACAACAGGAGGUAGCAAGAUUGGUGAUGGUCAAGGUUCAUUUUCUAAUGCUCUUCCAAACCCAAAGCAAAGAAGUACAUUCCAUCAGAAGGCUAAAGAAACAGGAAGUCUUAUUGGAUCUGGUACUGCUAAACCACCAACUACUGUCAAUCCCACACCAAGAUAAUCUAUCAAGAAGGCAUGA